AUGAAAUUCGCAACCAUCACCCCCGAAUGUGAGGAAGUAUUCGACGAGGUUAAAGGAACAGACAACCUCACCUACGUUCUUUAUGCAGCUUCCGCACACGACAAGAAGAUCACCGUUGCGGAGUCCGGCAAAUACAAGGAUUACGAUGAGUUUCUCUCUCACUUCAAGCAUGACACUCCCCGAUACGCCGUCGUAGACUUCGCCUAUGACUCUCCUGCUGGGGAUGGCCAGAGAAGCAAGCUAGUCUUUAUCACCUGGGUACCCGAGGCUGCCAGCAUUCAUGACAAAUCUUAUUACACAUCAAACAAAGAUCACCUCUUCUACGCCCUCCAGGAUAUCAGUCUUCAUGUCCUGGCACAUUCUCAGGCCGAUUUGGCUCAUGCUGCAGUCCUGGGAAAAUUCAAGGCUCUUUAA